UCCCCCGAACAUCUUAUUCGCACUUUUAAAAAAGGCGACAUUUAAGACGACUCACGAAUCGAAGUCUUUUAAAACAUGCUACUGUCAAUGACGUAAAAUCUCUUAUGGAUAUGACAUAAUUCUGUUUCAGCGUUUUGUUCGCCGACUAUCCAAAGGAGAUCUAGAAUUCACUUUGUACGCGUUGAAAAAUUGAUCGCGUGAGGUGGGAUGGGACGAUGGGACAAUUGGAGAAAUUCAGCCUGAUGCUGCAGUAUGUUUGGUAGGAUGAUCAAAAACGAGGAAGAAGAUGAGUUCAUUGCUGUCAGGGUUCAGGAUCCUCGGGUACAGAACGAAGGCUCAUGGAACUCCUACGUGGACUUCAAGAUAUUUCUUCAUACCAACAGCAAGGCAUUUACGGCGAAAACAUCGUGUGUACGUCGGCGAUACAGCGAGUUCGUGUGGCUAAAGAAGAAGCUGCAGAAGAAUGCCGGCCUUGUACCUGUUCCAGAUUUACCCAGCAAAUCGUUCUUCUCCUUCUAUAAUGAAGACUUCAUUGAGAGGAGGAGAAAGGGACUCCAGUUCUUCCUGGACAAGGUGGUGCAUUUGACUGUGUGUUUGUCGGACAGCCAGCUCCAUCUCUUCCUGCAGACGCAGUUACCCAUUGGUCAUAUCCAGGACUGUGUACAGGGCCUCACCCCCUACACUGUAACAGACGCUAUACUCACUUAUGCCUCGUCCAAUCGUGGGUGGGCUCAGGAGGAAGAGAGCGGGGUUUAUGAAACGUGCCUGAAUCCAGUUCCUUACGAGUCAGUGGAAAGCCCUGCCCUUCACAUACCUCCUAUAAAAAAUGAAGAACUUGCUCCAGCCACAAUCAGUGAGUCUGAAUCUGCCUGUGAGCUGUCAACAGACACUAGCUCUGUGGAGUUUAAGCUCACAGACACAGCGUCAGAUCAGCCCGACACGCCACGGAAGGACAGCCAAAACGAGGUCGCCCGGGUAGGGGAGAGUCGUGUGGAACUGUUGGUAGAAGUUCACGCUGAGGAGAGACGUGAGAACGAUGACGCCACGCAAGAGGGAUCUGUCAGUGGAUCAAGGGAAGCAAAACUCGGGCGAGACAACGUGGAGGUUUUGAGCCAAAAUGGAGACGGUGAAGGAGAGACUCUCUCGGUGGACGAGGACAAUGUAGGCAGAAGCCUUGAGGAGAGCAACCAGGAAGUGCUCGCUAAUGGAGACGCGCACGCAGAUGAAGCCGUUUGUCACGAAACGUCCGUGGAGGAAGACGUAGAGGAGACACCCUCGGUAGAUUCAAGCAGAAGUAGAGAAGUCGAUUCUCGAGAAGAGAGCAGUCAAGAAGCAGCCUUCGAACCGGAAUGCUCUGCAGAAGAAACCUCAGACAAACAGCACCGUGAGGGGGAGCCUAGCAACAGUGUCGACAACGAGGACAUGACUCAAGGGGAAAACUCUGCGGAGUUGAGUCACGACACGGAGGUGCUUACGGAAGAGGGAAGUCAGGAGGGAACGACUCCAAAUGUCAUCGUGCCAGAGUUCAACGCCCUGCAGGAAAAUAGCCACCAAGACACUGGUUGUGAGGGAGACGCCCCUGACAACGACGAGGUAUCUGGAAAAAACGUCUCGCAUCAGAACGGGGACUGUGAGGUGCCCCCCGGGGGUGUCCCGGAGGGGAAGCACCAUACCGAUCCCGUUCAAACGGAAAUCCCCGAAACUGUCGAAUCGUUAUCGGUCGUUAGUCAGAAUCGUGAAACAAAAACGAUGAACUCACAUGACAUCAGUGAUGACACCGUCGACCGCACGCAGAGGCAAAAUGGGGAAGUGUCAGACACGGGCAGCGCUCUGUCUAUCGAGUCAGAGCACAGGGAAGAGGAGGUCAACGCAGUGGACGCGCAUUCGCGCCAUAACUUCAAAGCCGACCGCGGCGAUUCAAAUAAGCUCGCCAAGCGAGGAGCUGAGUUUAACUCAGAGGUUCCGGCGCCUGUAUGAUUUUCCUGUUGUGUUUACCAAACCCUCUGCCCAGAUGCUGAGAUUUGGGCCUCUGUACUUAAAAGUCCCCCCCCCUUCCCCGGACACUGGAGAUGUCUACGUCGACUUGAAUUAGACCGGUAAUACAAAAUGAGGACUACCUCCAAGCGGACUGGUUCUCUCAGACGAGCUCCAUUACUUCCAGUUAUCUUCGUGGUUUGGCUCUGUGGGAUCCAUCUGCCGGGGCCAAGAGGACUUGUUUUUCACACUGGACUGUUGGCGUGUCGGGAAAAUCAGGAGAGACACCUAUCUUUCCGUUCACUUUUGUGUGUGCGCACAAUUGCAUGUUAUUGCCUUAAGCCUGCUUCCUGUCUAGAUGUCCAGUCAGACACUGUUUCUAUGCAUAACCUGGAAUAAUGUGUCAGGCACUUACCUCCUCUAGUCAGUAGAGAGUGACAUUAACAGUUGAACCGUACAGCAAGUGAGUGAGACUUCACUCAGACCAGUGGAAUAAUUUAGGAUGACGUAUUGGAAAAGGACCAAAAUUUAACAUUUAGAAAAUUCUUAUUGCAGUUCACGUCACGUUACACAGUUUGUCAAAAAGGUUUAACUUUCCUGGAAACCAAAAAAAAAAAAGAAAAAUCAAGGCACUACACAAAUAAUGGGAAAUGAAAAGUUCAAAGUUUUAAGCAUAAUUAUGUCAGUUCUUGGCCCUGUAUUUACUUUCACUUGUUUUCAAGUUAUAUUGGCUUUAACGGUGCAAUGUGACAAAGAGGCAAGAGGCUGUUUGUGCACUGUGUUUCUGAGUAGGUUACUUAGCAACCAGUUCGGUGGUCCAGCUGAAACCAUCUGAGACGAGAUCCGUCAUGGGCAAC